GCUUAUAUUUCCCAAGUGGGACGCAAACUGGCUCUUCAUCGGAUCCUCUCCCUUGAACCGCAGCAGCCUCUUGCGUUCUAGGGAGAAUAGAGACAAUUAAAAAAAAAAAAAACAAAAUUUUUCAAGAACAUUAAAGAAACAUAGGGGGAAAGAAAAGUGGUGUUUAAUUAAUUUUAUGCUUUUUGAAUUUAAUCCCAUUUUUCUUUUUCCCUUCCUUUGUUUGAUAUAUUGAAGAGCUGCUUCGACUGAAGAUGUCAGGAGACGAUUCAGGUAGCAAAAGGAGAUUAGCCAUUAUUGGCGUCUCUUCUUUCCUCCUGGUAGCUAUGGUGAUUGCUGUCACCGUUGGCGUCAACUUCAACAAUGACAGCCACAACGAAGAAGACAUCAAUGGCAAAAGCCAUAAAAGUAGCAGUGAGAUAUCUGCCUCCAUGAAAGCCAUCAAAGCUCUUUGCCAACCUGCAAACUACAAACAAACAUGUGAGAAAAGCCUAGAAAAAUCGGCAGGAAACACUACAGAUCCCAAAGAACUCAUCAAGAUCGCAUUUAAAGUUGCACAGAAAGAGAUUAAUGAAGCUGCCAAGAAAUCUGUUACCUUGCAAGAACUCGAAAAGGAUCCCAGAGCCCAGGGUGCUCUUAGUAGCUGCAAAGAACUCAUGAACAUGUCUAUUAGUGAGCUCCAGUCCUCUUUUGAGAAAGUUGCCGACUUCGAUAUCAGCCAGUUGGAUGAGCUAAUGGCAGAUUUGAGGACUUGGCUUAGCGCUUCCAUAACUUACCAAGAGACUUGCCUGGAUGGUUUCGAAAAUUCAACAUCCGAUGCAGGAGAGAGAAUGAAGAAGGCAUUAAACACUGCAAUGGAGAUGAGCAGCAAUGGUCUUGACAUUAUUGAUGGAUUCUCUAGUGUGCUCACAGAGCUGCAAAUUCCAGGCAUCAGCCGCCGCCUUCUGGAGGAUGAAAUUCUUGUUGUAGGCAAUGGUGAUCAAUUCGCUGAAUUCCCUAGCUGGGUCGAACCUGGAACUCGCAGACUCCUUAGCGUGCCUGCUUCCAAGAUUAAACCCGAUCUUGUUGUUGCUAAGGACGGAAGUGGAGAUUUCAAAACUAUCCGCGCCGCAUUGCGAAGUAUCCCCAAGAGGGAGACAAACGAGACCUUUGUACUGUACAUCAAGCAGGGAAUUUACAACGAGUACGUUGAGUUCAAUAAGACUCUGGACAAUUUGAUGGUUAUGGGAGAUGGCCCUGAUAAGACUCGCAUCACUGGGAAUAAGAACUUCAUCGAUGGAAUCAACACCUACCACACCGCAACAGUUGUUGUUCUUGGAGACAACUUUGUGGCCAGGAAUAUUGGCUUUGAGAACAGCGCUGGUGCCAUUAAACAUCAGGCUGUGGCAUUGAGGGUUUCUGCUGAUUUUGCUAUCUUUUACAACUGCUCAAUGGAUGGAUACCAAGAUACGCUUUACACACACGCCAAGCGCCAGUUCUAUCGCGACUGCUCCAUCUCAGGCACCAUUGAUUUCGUCUUUGGUGAUGCCCCCGUGGUUUUCCAGAACUGCAAAUUCUUGGUCCGCAAGCCCUUGGAAAACCAGCAGUGCAUCGUGACUGCUCAAGGAAGGAAGCAAAGGCGACAACCAUCUGGUAUUAUCAUCCAAAACAGUACUAUCACUGCUCAUCCUGAAAUGCUCCCUGUAAGGAAGCAGUUCAAGUCAUAUCUUGGCCGUCCAUGGAAGGAGUUUUCGAGAACCAUCAUCAUGGAAUCCUUCAUUGAUGAUUUGAUCGAAGCAGAAGGAUGGUUGCCAUGGUUUGGAAAUUUUGGACUCAAGACUUGUUGGUACACAGAAUUCAACAACUAUGGCCCUGGUUCUGACAAGAAAGCUCGUGUGACAUGGAAUGGAAUCAAGACCAUUACCCGUCAACACGCCAUAGAUUUCACACCAGGGAGGUUCCUCCGAGGUGAUACCUGGAUCAAGCCCACAGGAGUACCUUAUGCGCCCUACUUGACAAGACCUUGAAAGAAGAAUUCUCCAUUUCUCCUUUUUUUUUUUUUUUAAUAUGUACUAUACCGAUUGAUUAUCUUCGCCCACAACUAGCUUUUACCAUCAUUGUAAUAUCCAGAGAAAAAAAAAAAACAUAAAAUUACUCUUUCCUCCA